AUGGAGGAACUAUUGGAAACAACCCUUGAUCAAUUGGAAAACAAACCAAGAUUAAUGACGAAAUAUGUGGACGACCUAUUCGGAAUUUUGAAAAAAGAUCAAGUGGAAAUUACUUUGAGAACCCUAAAUGCCUUUCAUAGACGUAUACAAUUUACGUUGGAGAAGGAAAUAGACAACAGAUUACCGUAUUUGGAUUCAAUAAUUAUUAGAAGAGGGAAUAUGAUUAAGUUGGACUGGUAUCAAAAACCGAUGGCGUCGGGAAGGCUUAUCAAUUUCUAUUCAAAACAUCCUAAGAGAAUAAUUAUGAAUACUGCGACAAAUUUCAUCACAAGAAUUCAUGACAAUGAAAGUAGAAUCACAAAACUAAGAGGAAUUAUAGAUAAUAGGGUGGAAGAACAUGACUGUGAGCUAUUUAUGUUAAGUGAAGAGACAAUUUAUAAUAACGUUAAGGACGAUAAUGACAAGAGACUUAUUGAAAAGUUUGAAACCUUAAGGGAAAAUGGAACAGCUAAACUUGAUAUGAAGCAUAACAAAGAUUGGUUUGUGAAUAGAACAGAGAAAAUUAUACCAACAAAUAUUCAAUGGCUACUGUCACUUGGUUCCAAGUUUGCUUUGCCCAAUACGAGAGAAACAUUCCCAUUAUUCAAAUGCAUCACCGAUGGCGAACAAUGCAUACAGACGAUUGAGGAUAAAGAACAGCAAGAGAUAUCGAGAGCAAAAUUUGUUACAUUAAUUGAUGACCACAUGAGAAAAUCGAAAAUGAACGCAAGGGAUAAACUGAUAUUGAAUACAGUGGUUCAAUGUGAAAAAUAUUUGGAGGCAAAUAAUGAUAUAAUUAUAUUGAACUCAGAUAAGGGUAAUAAGACGGUGGCAAUGACUAAAGACGAUUAUAAUACAAAGAUGAUGGAUAUCAUCAAGGACAUGUGUACAUAUAGACGCCUUAAAAAAGAUCCUACACUUAGUCUUCAGAAUAAGAACAACAUCCUUGUGGAAAAAUUAUACAAGCUUAAUAGACGCAAGGGAAUUUAA